UGCAAACUUCAUCGGGACCUCUCAUCCGAGGUGCUGGGACUCUGUCUUGUGAACCCUCAUGGAGCUAUGGAUCUGGGAUGUUCAACAGAGCCUCUGGACUUAGUUUAUGAGAUCUUGUCUUGUGAACCCCCAUGAUGCCCCUGGCACCUCCAUCUCUGGUACCAGGGUGGACAAGGGACAGGGUUGCAGGGCACCGUGAGCCUGGACGGUGUUUAGAUGUAGAGCCUCUGCCAGGGUCUCCCAGUGUUGGGGCCUUUGCACUUCACCAGAAACUCCACGCUAUUGAUGUUCUGGAUGGCGACACUGGCUACCCACCCCAUGCCUACAGAGAGGAGGGAGAGUGUGAAGGAGCUGAGACCCUCAGCUCUCUGACCUUCUUGGAGGAGGACCUCUCUCCCGAGUUGCUGGACUACUUGAGCUUAAAAUCUACUCCACCUGAUGCCAUGUGUUCUGCAUCAAGAGUUCCUUCCUAAAAGCAUGUGGAGGGCAUGACUUGGGAGGAUGGGUACUCUUCAUGGACCCCCUCCUUUAUUCUUAAUGGCUUCCUAGUUCACUUGACCAUCACUUGGGAGCCAUCUGGGGGAUGUAUCUCUGGCAUGCCAGUGGGGAUGAUCUUGCUUUCACUGAGAUUGGAAGGGACGUCCACUGUGGGUGACACCAUUCCUUGGCUGGGAUGUAGAGGAAGCUGAGUGUCAGCAUGCAUCACUCUGUGCUUGCUUGUUGUGAAUAGUCUUGUGACCGUCGCCUUGACUUCCUGCCACGAUGGGCUGUACCCUUGCACAGUGAGCCGGAAUAAACCCUUUCCUUUAA